AUGAGAACAAGAAGCAUCUCGAUAAUGAAUACCUAUGAAUUCCAAGCACGUGCACUUUACGACUUUAUAGCCGAAAGUUCGAAUGAACUCACUUUUUAUGCGGGUGAAAUUUUGACAAUCACGUCAGCAGCCGAUGGACAAGCAUGGUGGUAUGCACGAAAUACUGCUGGACAAGAAGGUGCUAUUCCAGCAAAUUAUAUUGAAACCAUAACGGAUACAACAGAGCCACCAGCGGAUCAAACUUCACAUAGUACUGUGAAUACCACUCCUGUUACUAAUCUUGAUGAUCAACCACCGGCUCAGUUGAAGUAUGAACAACAAACACAAGAAUAUACAAAUUUGACAGAUGAUAUGAAUUGGUUUAACAACGACCAAGUUGCACCAGUGCCGGAUCAACAUAAUAUAACGAUGGAACGACAAAAUGAGUUCGAUAGUUCGUUCGACUCGAUGUCAUCACCAUCAAUCAAUGGAAAUUCUUCACAUCAGACAUCUGAUCCAUAUAUGACAACCGUAGACGCUCCAUCGUCAGUUGUCAAUCCAUUUGCAGCAUAUAACGCUAUGCCUAAUCAGCAAGAAUUAUUGUAUGCCAACUAUACUGAAUCAUUUACAGCUAUUUCACCAGAAAAUCCUCCUGCCUCCUCUAACUUAUUAUCUCCAUUUGCAUAUCCACAAUCGACAAUUCCACCGCAACAACAAUAUGAGCCACCUGAACAACACUAUCAAACACCUCAGCAGCAAUACGAAGCAUCUGAACAGCAAUACCAACCACCUGAACAGCAAUACCAACCACCUGAACAGCAAUACCAACCACCUGAACAGCAAUACCAGCCACCUGAACAGCAGUACCAAACGUCUCAACAGAAUGCAUAUGCUGGCCAAUUUGCCUUUCCACCUACGACACAAAACGAACCUGUAUAUGAAGCUCCGCCAUCGAUUCCCACGUCUCGUACUUCUACGGAAACCAAUGUUCGUGGUGCUCCACCAGUGCCAGUCAAUCACUCGACGCCUCUAACGUCGCCUGUUUCGCCAACACCGCUCAAAAGCUCGGUAAGUGUUGCACCAUCCCCAUCGGGAAAAACAAAACAAGAUAACCGUGGUUUCUUUACACUUCGACGACAAAAGACCAAAUCGGAACCAGAAAAACGACAAUCACUGGUUGAAGCCCGUUCUGAGCCCUCGCAACCCUCACCCAAAGAUGACAGUGAUUCUGACUUAACUGAAUCAGGCUCUUCAGCACAUAAUCAAUUAUCAAGCAAACCAUCUGUUUCGGGCAAUGAUAACAAUAAAGCAUCAGCAAAACCAAGAUUCUUUGAUAAAUUUGGAAUUGACAAUUACAUCUUGCAUGGAUGCAAAAUAAAAGCCGAAGAGCAUGUUGACAUCACAUACGACGAGAAAGAUGGUGGUGUCUAUUGGUCAAAUAAUCCUCGCAUUCCACCGUUUAGUUGUAAAGUUGAAGACCCAGCUAAGGGUACGAAGUUAGGUGGUUUGAAAUCGUUUAUGGAAUACAAAGUACACGCACAAAUUCCUGGAAGUCGAGUUGUUGGCCGUCGGUAUAAGCAAUUCGAUUGGUUACAUGAACAACUGAUCACUAAAUUCCGUUUCAUUUGUGUUCCACCGUUACCUGGAAAACAGAUCGCUGGACGAUUCGAAAAUGAAUUCAUCGAAGAACGUCGACGACAACUUGAAUUAUGGUUAAAUCGCAUCUGUCGUCAUCCUAUCCUUUGUGCGUCGUUUCCAGUUCAACACUUUGUGACAUGUGAACUAACAGAAAAGAACAACAAAGAUUGGAAAGCAGGUAAACGAAAAAGUGAAAAGGAUGAACUGCGUGAUGCAUUGUGGCUUCAUUGUGUGACGUUCACAAAUUCGAAUUUAACUGAUGCACAAAUUGCAACGCAAGUUGAUGUUUUCGCUCAGCAACAGCCAGGCUUCGAAACCAGCUUACGAAAUCUCCACCAAGGUCUAACAAAAUAUCUGGAAAGACAUACGGAGAUCUACGAACGAGAUAUGCAGCGGCUUGGAGAACUGUUUACGAAACUUUUCACGGCGAUGCAAAUCGACACAACAACAACUGGUAAUAAAGACCUAUCCAAUUCGAUGUCGAAGAUUGGCGUAGCAUUCAAUGGAAUUGGUGAAUUGUACAAGACAAAAUCAAGCGAAGGCAUUCGCGAUUUCAAUGAACGUAUCAUAGAUUACAUUGGUAUUCUAAGUUGUUUUCCAGCGAUAUUAAUGGUCCAACGGAGUGCAUCAGAAUUUAUUCGAAAUGUUCAACAACGUGGUUCAACUGGUACACCUGACUUUGCUGGUGCCAUACAUCGUAGUCAAGUCCUAAAUCAUGUGAUUCUAGCCGAAAUCAACUUUUUCCAACGAGAAAAGGUCUAUGAUUUUAAUACAUAUUUGAAACAACUUCUACACGAACAAAUUAUGUUCUACGAAAACAUCGUCGAAAAAUUGCGUGAAACAGCCGCGGGGUUUAACUAA